UAACGUGUCAGUGGAACUAGGUGUGUCGCAAAAAGUCGCGGUGAUACUUUCCUCUGGUCUUCAGACCCCGGCGCUUUACGGUGCUAGGCUCUGCCGCGCUGGGAGAUGUCGGCGGAGGGCAGGGCGGAAUCCCACGGUGCUCCCGGCAGCUUUGCGAAGCGGGUCCUGGUGACCGGGGGUGCUGGUUUCAUUGCAUCACAUGUGAUUGUCUCUUUAGUAGAAGAUUAUCCAAAUUAUAUGAUCAUAAAUCUAGACAAGCUGGAUUACUGUGCAAGCUUAAAGAAUCUUGAAACCAUUUCUAACAAACAAAACUACAAAUUCAUAAAGGGUGACAUUUGUGAUUCUCACUUUGUGAAACUGCUUUUUGAAACAGAGAAAAUAGAUAUAGUACUACAUUUUGCUGCACAAACACAUGUAGAUUUGUCAUUUGUCCGGGCCUUUGAGUUUACCUACGUUAAUGUUUAUGGCACUCACGUUUUGGUAAGUGCUGCUCAUGAAGCCAGAGUGGAGAAGUUUAUUUAUGUCAGCACAGAUGAAGUAUAUGGAGGCAGUCUCGAUAAGGAAUUUGAUGAAUCAUCACCCAAACAACCUACAAAUCCUUACGCAUCAUCCAAAGCAGCUGCUGAGUGUUUUGUACAGUCUUACUGGGAACGAUACAAGUUUCCAGUUGUCAUCACAAGGAGCAGUAAUGUUUAUGGACCACAUCAGUAUCCAGAAAAGGUCAUUCCAAAAUUUAUAUCUCUACUGCAACACAACAGAAAAUGCUGCAUUCAUGGAUCAGGGCUUCAAACAAGAAAUUUCCUUUAUGCUACUGAUGUAGUAGAAGCAUUUCUUACUGUCCUCAAAAAGGGAAAACCAGGUGAAAUUUACAACAUUGGAACCAAUUUUGAAAUGUCAGUUGUCCAGCUCGCCAAAGAACUAAUACAACUGAUCAAAGAGACCAAUUCAGAGUCUGAAAUGGAAAAUUGGGUUGAUUAUGUUAAUGAUAGACCUACCAAUGAUAUGAGGUAUCCAAUGAAGUCAGAAAAAAUUCAUGGAUUAGGAUGGAAACCUAAAGUGCCUUGGAAUGAAGGAAUAAAGAAAACAAUUGAGUGGUACAGAGAGAAUUUUCACAACUGGAAGAAUGCAGAAAAGGCACUAGAACCCUUUCCUGUAUAGCCAGCAUUCAUAUACUUGGCAUUGUUUUUCAGAGAAGAAGAAAAUUAUCCUACCUCAACAAAUGGUAUGAAAUCAAGUGACCAAAUGAAGUGCCCUCUUUUCAUUUGGAAUUAGAUUCAUCACUUUUUGUAUUAAAUUUAAAUACAAAGUGCCUCAUUCUUUGGAAGAUUGUCAAUUGGCACAGGAUUUAAAUGUCAGAAUUCUUUCAGAAAACAUCUUCUGGAAAUUAGGAAGUAGUAGGCAUAGACAGAUAUAUCUAGGGGUGGGCCAGGAAGGAAUCUCCUGGUUCUGAGAACAGCGCUGGGUGGAUUGCAGCCUUGGCUGGCUUGGACCUCAGUUGGCUUCCCAGCCUUUACCAGUGCAUAGAAGUCUUUUAAGUUUUUAUUUAUAGGAGAAGUAGGAUGAGUAUUAUGCUGUAAUUCAGCUUUUUUUUUUUUUUCAAGGAGUGAUAUUGUGCUUUAAAAAUGGAACAAAAUGAAUGCAUAUUUAGCACUUUUUAGCUUUGGGUAAUUUUGUAAAAUGCUUUUUUAAAACAGAAUUUAAAAGUUUUGUAUUUUCAAAAUCAGUUGUUGACCCCUAUAUAACCUGUAUCAGAGAACUUUUAUCACAUGUUUACUGUUUAUAAUUAUUUUAUUUAUAAAAUUACCAGUAUUUUAAUAUAUUUAAUGUAGAAUGAGACAUUUUAAGUAAUGUAUAUUUUUAUUUUGCUCUAGAGGAAAUUUUUAAAAUACUUGAUUAUGUAUUAUUUAAUCACUCUGUCCUAAAGACUGUAAGUUGACUUGAAAAGUAACUGACUGGACACUGGGCUGAGAAAGUGAGAGAAAGCUGGUUUACCCCUCUGAUUAUCAAGAAUACAGAUUUCAAAGCUUGUCGCCUUGGGUCACUGGAGAUACGGGCUGGAGCAGUUUCCCUCUAUGUGGAUUGUGUUGUUGCUAGAACCUCGGAGACUACGGGGCACCACUUUCUUCUUUGUGGAAGAGGAUGUCAGAAACGGCAAUUUGACUUUUACUUUGGAGGGCAUGUCCUGGCACACCCUGAUCAUCAGACUCCUAAAAACUUUAUUGAAAUAGCAAGCCUCUGAAUCAUCAUCAGGGUGAAAGAGAAUUAUCAAUGCCACCAGUGUGCUCUCCUCUUCCUCUUAAUCUUGCCUGGUCAGCCUGAUGCCAUCAAUGUGAUAGAUCCAUGUGACACUCUACAGGAUAUUCAGAAAAUUCAAGUCUCCCAGGAAAACAGAACUAGUUCAUGCAGCCCUUAGGUGAAACUGAGUGCAACUGUCUCCUUAUCUUUUGUGAUCAAGAUGGAAAUGUACACAUUCACCAAGUCAUUGGUGGAAUACCAUGUAUCCUCACUAAGAAGAUGCCCUGUGGGCACCACAGCCACUUUGGGGAUUUGCUGCUUGUUUCAGCCGGCAGUUGUCUGCAGUUGCUCUCCAGGCUACCCACUUUCAUUGGGGACCAGAUAAAUGAGUUAAAUAGAGAUGUGGUGGGGACCCACCUCUGCAUCCUUGAGAGCCUCAAGGGUGACCUCAUCCUCAUCAUCUCCAAGAUAUAAUUUUGUUAUUGAUUUACUGUCUUGGCCAUCGGAGUGGCCAGUUGGGGCAAGGCUGUCAAGUUAAGGUCAGGGCACUGAUUGUGAAAACUUAGGACUCUGACAUGUGCUUGGAAAUAUCUGGGUGGAUGUCUUUAAAGAUUUGACUCUGAAGUUUUUAACUAUUAAGUCCUGAGUUUGGUCUUGGACUUUGUCUUUUCUCUACCUCGGGUGAUAAGGUACUCAUUUAAUUGUCACUUGUUUGUUAAUUACACUCAGCUUUUCCUUUCCUUCCCUUCCUUUCCCUUCUGUAGGUACUAGUACAGCAUAUUAAAGACCAAUCAAUGCCAUUUUUCUGUAUGACUUGUUCACCUGAGCUUUUCAAAAUCCCAAAUUAUACCAAGCAUGGCAGGACAUUCUCCCUAGUCACCGUACAUGGGAGUUUUAGUGAUGAGGUAACUGCUUUGCAUAAGGCAAUGGUGCUCAUGACCAGCAAGGCAGGAAGUGUUUCAGUUCCAAAUCUGUCUUACCAGCUGCCCUGCUGGAUCACUCUCAGAACCAGCUAUGUCAUUUGGAUCCUCUGGAAAGCAGGGACUGAGACAGAGGGGCACAAGAAGUUUAAGGGGGAAUGUUUAAUGGGCAGAAGAAAUUGUGAGGCACAGUACAGACCUCACAGCUGUAAAGAGAAGGGAGAGGAAGUAGGGCUGGUAGAGAAAGCCUCCAGCUGUGGUGCGGAUCUGACAGGAUGUCAGCUAACCCAACAGGGGCUCCAGAGUAAGAUCACUUGUAGGAGAAUCUCCCUACUGGGCAGAAAGGGCCAGGCUCCUGGAUGUGCUCAUUCAUGGCCCAGUGAGCUCAGCAACAGCCGAGGGGAAUCCAGAAGGCAUUGCAAGGUGAGGCUGUUAGCCAACUGCGUUCUUGGCAGCGGAGUGACAAGCUCUCUCCAAGGGAAUCCUGCAUAAUUGCCACCUGUCUGUUUACAGUAGCAAAGGGGGUCUUGGGAUUUAAUUGCUCUCAGUACAGAUUUUCAACUAAACCACUGCCUUUAGUCCAAUCCCUUACUCUCCUGAGCCUCUCUGGCAUUCUGUUAGGUUACUAGCCUAAUCUAGAGGUUCCCAGAAGGUUUUCUGGAGAUGAAAUUCAAAGUGGGUUGUAACGGAUGGAAGGAAGUUGAAGUUAGUAGAGGAAGCUGAGGGUGAGUCAAGGCAGAGGGAUUGGCAGAGUGAACGUGUUAAGUGGUGAAUAAUACUGUUGAGGGGAUGGUGGAUCCUCACUGUUACUCUAGCAGUCAUUCUCAAAAUGUGUCCCCAGGUCAUUAGGAAAUGCAAAUUGAAAAUAUAGCACUUCACACUCACAAGGACGGUGAACUGCAUUCUUAGCAGUAAGGACAUAAGAAAUUAGAACCCCGAUGUCCUGCUGGUGGGAAGGUCAAGUGAUGUAGCCACCAUGGAAAAUCAUGUUGUGGUUCCCAAAAAGUUAAGUUGAAUUGCCACAUCCUCUUGCAGUUUCACUUGGCAUAGUUGAAGGAAGUAUGUCAUUAUGGGGACCAUGGGGGACUAUAUCUUGUCUCUGACUCCUUUCUUCCCCUGUUUGCUUCAUGAGUGCCAUGAGCUGAGCAGCCCCCUAUACCCUUCGGCCAUGAUGGUCUAUAUCCAAAAGAAUUGAAAACAGAGACCCAAAUAUACAUGUGCACCGGGGGUUAUACCAUUGUCACUCACAAUUAGUUACAAGGUGGAAAUCACACAAGUGUCCAUGGGUAAAUAGAAUGGAUAAAUAAAUGUAGAGACAAAGGGAAUAUCGUUCGACCUGGAAUUUCUACACAUGCAAAAACAUGGAGGAACUAUGAGCAACUUAGGAACAUUAUUCAUAAGCCAGACCCAAAGAGCAAUACAGCAUGAUUCCUCUCCUAUGAGCUACCUAGAGUAAGCAAAUGCAUAGAGACAGAGAAUAUGAUAGGAGUUUACUAGGGCUCAGAGGGAGAAACGGGGGAUUGCUUAAUGUGUACAGAGGUUUUGCUAGGGAAAAUGAAAAAAAAGUUCUAAAAGUGGAAAAUGGUGAUGUUUGUACAAUUUUGUGAAGGCAUUUAAUGCCACUGAAUUAUACACUUAAAAGUGGUUAAAAUGGUAAAUUUUACAUCAUGUACAUUUUACCACAGUAAUAAUUGUAAAGAAUGUGUUCCCAAACCAAAAUCACCUGCAUCUCCAGGGAACCAAUUAGGAAGGCAAAUUCUUGGGCCACACCUUAGACAAUCAGAACCUCUGGAGGUAGGGCUUAGUAACCGAGAUGCAUGAUGUCUGAGAGCCUCUGCUCUGUGAUGUAAGAUGGGGAGAAAAGGCUGGAGGGGAAUUAGUAGUAAGAUGCUUGGACCUUAUCUUGCCAGUGAGGAGCUGAUUCUGGAUUUUAAGGAAGAAAUUGACAUUGUCAGAUUUGUGGAUUUAUCUUUUUUCUAAUAAGCAAAUGCUUCUUGCAGAAAUCUUGGAAAAUUAAACAAAAAUCUGAAAGCCAUUGUAAUGGUUUGGACCUGUAACAUCCCCCAGAUUUCAUGGGUUGAAGCCAUGGUCUCCAGUGCAGUAAUUAUGUCCAGAGGCGGGACUUUUAGGAGUGGGUCAUAAGGGCUCUGGCCUUUUGAAAGGAUUACUAGAUGGUAACUGUAGGCAAGUGGGCAUAGUUGAAGGAAGUAUAUCAUUGGGGGGACCCUGAGGGACUACAUCUUGUCUCUGACUCCUUCCUUCCCCUCUCUUUGCUUCCUGAGUGCCAUGAGCUGAGCAGCCCCCCUCUGCUACCCACUUUGGCCAUGGUGUCCAGCCUCACCUCAGGCAGGCCCAAAGCAAUGGAGCCAGCUGACCGUGGACUGAACCUCUAAAAUCAUGACCCAGAAUAAGUCUUUCCUACUCUGAAGUUGUUUUGUCAGAUAUUUUGGUCAGUGAUGAAAAGGUGACUAACACAGUCAUCCUUAAUCUACCCCUGGAAGGUAACCUCUGUGAUUAUUUUGGUGUACUCCAUUUCAUUUUCGGUGCAUUUGUGCACAUUUUUAAAAACCCAAUAUGGGAUCAUUGUAGACAUACUGGUUUGGAACCUGCCUUUUUUUCCCUUAGCAAUACAUCAUGAACAUUUUUACAUGUUAUAAGAACUUUUGCCAUUUUUAUUGACUGCAGAAUUACAUUUUGAUAGCUUAUUCUGGGAACAGUAUGGAAGAUGAAUUUAAGGAAGAAAAGAUUGAACUCCUGCAGGGAUCCAACUUAUGAAGCCAUUGCAGUAAAUCAAGCUAGCCAUGAUAAGGCCUAAAGCGCAACACUACAAACGGGGAUAGAGCUGGGGACAGAUGUGAGAACUUUUAGAUUAAAAAACUUAUUGAUUGAUAGUACAUGGAGGUGAUGUUUCUUGACUUGGGUGGUAUUUUAAGAUUUUGAAUGUUGAAUUGGAAAGAGUGGAGAAUGGUAAGUUUAGAAGAUGCUGAGCUUUGGAAAAUGUUUAGUCUGAGGGGUCUGUGGGACAUCCAAGUGUCAAAUAUAGGAAUCAAGCUCAAUCUGGCAAGGGUUGAGAUUUAUAUAUAAAUAUAUAUUUGGGAAUUAAAUGGUUUAUCAACACCCAAGAGUGGAACCUUUAAGAGACAAGACCUAGUGGGAGGCCGUUAGGUAAUGAGGGGUACACCCUCAUGGUAAUCUGGUUGGUUUCCACAAUAGUGAGUUGUUAUAAAAAGAGUAAGCCUCUGAAAGUGCUCCCUGAAUCCCCUCUCUGGCUUUUUGUCUCACCAUAUGAUCUGCACAUAUGCCUGCCAUUGUGAUGACAUCUGCCACAAGGCCCUUAACAGAGGCCCAAACGCACAGUUAUCUUCUCUUGGACUUUUAACCCCUAUAACUGUGAGCUAAAUAAAUCUCUGCUUUAUAAGA